UCUAGUGUGAUGUAAAUUUUUGCUAUAAAUUGUGUUAGGACUAUAACCUGGUGUUGUGUGAUUUUUAACUUUACUCAGGAAAGUUUAGACUGGUAAAUACAUACACAGUAACUAUUAAACUAACACCACACUUAAACCCUGCUCUCACUACACUCGCCCUCGCCCAUCAUACCCAACGCAAGGCCCCCCAGGCCACUACACCUGUUCUCCCCUGCUCUGGUCCUGGGCCUUUCAUCCGUUCUGGACCCAAACAGUAUACCAGCUCUUAUUGCAGGAACUUGUCGCUGCAGAUGUUCCUGUAAGCUCAAAAUCUCCAACAAUGAAAGGUCAUUGCAUUGACUCUUAAUAUUUUCAAACCAACAUCCUACUCUUGAUCAACGUUAAAGAGGUGCCUCCACCAUUUAUUUUCACAAUGAGUGCAUAGGUAAAAUCGGCAGGUGGCGCUCUUUUAAAUGCACUGUCAACUAAAUCUAGUUUCUUUUUUUCUCAAAAGAAUAUGUUUCACUUUAGCCUUCUGGAAACCCGAUGGCGAUGAAACAGACUUCUGCCUUUAAAGAAAGAAGUGGUAAGACAUCAGUGGACUCACACUUAUUAUCAUUUAUGGAAAAAUGUCUGGAAUCUAUCAUCACUACUGAACUCUUUCAUCCCGUGUUGAAAAACUACGUCAUAUCACACUCACUCCCACAGAUUUACGAGGCAUUGCUUAUUGGAUUAUUUGUUCAAUGUCCUAAUGAUCCAUUAAUAUAUUUGGAAGAAAAAAUUAAAGAACUACAAAGCAAAAUGAAAAACUAUCAGCUACAUAUGCCAAAUGAAAGGCAUCUGGACUUGAGCUGGGAUAUGCUUAUUGAUGAUGAAUUCAGGCAACAAAUGACCAAAAUGAUAGGCAGUUAUCUAAACUAUCUGUUUGAUCUGGAGUCAGGUGAAGUGCUUGCUCCACAAUUGUAUGAGAAAGCAUAUUUCUUCCAUUCGAAUGGUUUAUUGAGGAAGUGCUUUUGUGCAUGGAAAUGGUAUAUCAGAAAAGUAAGAAAGUGGCAGAUGAAAAUGUUACAAUACACCUUAAAGGCUGAGAAGUUUUAUACAACAAAAACAUUAAAAGUGACAUUUCAGAUGUGGAUGAAAUGGGUGCAGUUCCAAAAGAUGCGACAAGCCUUGGCAGCACAACAUUUACAACAUGUCAGUGAUCAGCUUUUGUGCAAGAUUAUUUUACAAUUAUGGAGUGCUUUGGCAAAACAGACAAGGAAAACCCGAGAGUACUUUGAGCGCCUGGAACGAGGCGAAUUGGAUGAUGAGAGUGAUACACAAUUGGCACCUCCAGGAGAUAUAAAGGAUAUUAUUUCCCUCUUACCUUGGUCAGUUAUACUACAGGUUUUCAGUUAUCUUGGUGUUAAGGAACUGGUAAGAGCUGCAAAGGUUUGUCAAGUCUGGAAGGUGAUCGCACAGACAAGUUCUCUUUGGAGCAAGAUUAACUUCUCACCAGUAAGAAAACAGAUUGAAGACAAUGACAUAGCAAAUCUUUUGCGGAGUUUUCGUCCUUUUGUUAUUCAAUUGAGUCUUCGUGGAUUCAGCAACAUUGGUUGGGCAACUUUCAAAAGCAUCAGUGACUGUCGAAACCUGCAGGAUCUAAAUUUAACUGAAUGUGCAAAUUUAACUGAUGAAUUUGUGUCUAUGGUGGUGGAAAUGUGUACUUCACUUCUGUACCUGAACCUGGCUUACACUCCUAUUAGUGACGGUACACUGAGGUCAUUAUCAAAGUUUGGAUUGAAUCUACAGUAUCUGAGCCUAGCCUACUCAAAGAAAUUCACAAAUAAAGGUUUGAAUUACCUUGCCACAGGGAAGGGCUGCCACAAGCUCGUCUACCUGGACAUUUCAGGUUGUACUCAGAUCUCAGUGAGAGGCUUCCGGUCAUUAGGAAUUGGCUGCAGUGAUAUUGAACAUCUUGUAAUCAAUGAUAUGGCAACUCUUACUAACAGCUGUAUCACAGCCAUGGUUUCUUACUAUUACAACCUGACUACAUUUUCACUCCUUGCCUCUCCUCACAUAUCUGAUGCAGCUAUUAAAGCUCUUGUCCAGGGGAAGAGGAUUACUAAAGUUAAAAUUGAAGGUAAUCAACAUAUUAGUGAUGCAUCUUUCAAAAUGAUCAGCAAAAAUUGCCCAAACUUGAAUCACAUCUAUGUGUCCGACUGCCCAAGGAUUACAGAUAAUAGCUUGAAAUCCUUGGCAACACUGAAAUAUGUCACUGUGUUGAAUAUUUCAGACUGUAUAAGUAUCACUGAUGGAGGCAUAAGAUAUUUUAUGGAUAGUCACUCAGCUUCAAAGCUCAGAGAACUAAAUCUAAGCAACUGCAUUUAUAUUACUGAUUUAUCAUUGCUGAAAAUUGCACAGAGGUGUCAGAGUUUAACACAUCUGAGAUUGCGUUACUGUGAACGCUUAACUGACAGUGGGAUUGAGUGGCUUGGAAACUUGCCUGUUCUGAACACCAUUGAUCUAACAGGAACCAACGUACAAGAGCAGGGUUUAGGAAGUCUUUCCAACAACACCAGGAUAACAGAGUUUACAGUAGCAGAGUGUUCAGGAGUUACUGAUAUUGGAUUACAGAAAUUCUAUCAUAAGAUGUACGAUCUGGGAUAUUUGGAUAUCUCCCAUUGCCUCCAAGUCUCUGAUUUGAGCACAAAGACCUUGGCUUUCUGUUGCAGAAGGCUGAUUUCACUGAACCUCACUGGAUGCCCAAAGAUUACUGAUUUAAGUAUCCAGUACUUGGCUGGGGUGUGCCAUUACAUCUACUUCUUGGAUAUCUCAGGUUGUGUCAAUCUUACUGACUCGAUAUUCAAAUUCCUUAAGAAAGGCUGCAAAAGACUACGGGUUCUGAAGAUGCUUUACUGCACAAACAUCACACAAGAAGCUGUCAAAGCAGUAACCAAUGUUCAGCAUUUGGAAUACAAUGACGAGAACCCACCAUUAUGGUUUGGAUAUGAUAACAAAGGGAAUGAGCUGGUCACUAAAAAGGAAGAUGAAGAGACAUAAAAUGCUUAAUCAUCAAAUUGUUAAGCUUGUCAGAAAUCUACUUCCUAUAUAUAAGAAUGUUUACUUUUAAUAAUCUA